CGGCUACCAAAUAUUUGCCAGCCGUCAGCUCGCUGCUCCGCUAUAAAUACUUCAGGCCCAGGUGGAGGGACGGGCAGGGGGAGCGGCGCGGGAGCCUAUGCAUGGCCGGGCGGCAGCGCCAAGGGUGACUCCUGGGGGUGCCUCUGAGUGCUGACAUGGCUGCGGGUGUCAUCCAGCCCCUGGCUGAGCUGCGGCUGCCCUCGCCCUUCCCACACGGCCUCCUGCUGCCCAUGCACCCUGAGCCCGACUUCCCCGACCUCUCCGAGGAGGAGGAGGAGGAAGAAGAGGAGGAGGAAGAGGAGGAGGAUGUGGAAGCAGUGGAGGAGAGCGUGAGGCCAGAGCUGGCCGGUGUUUCCAGCACCGCCGAGUCCACCCUGCGCCUCCUCAAGUUUUCGGAGCUCAUCAGCUGCGACAUCCAGCGCUACUUCGGGCGGCGGGGCCGGGAGGAGGCCGGGAGCCGCGCCGUGCCCGAGGACUGCGGCUCGCCCCAGGGCGCUGAGGCCGUGCCCGAGGCGGCGGCCCCGGGAGCCACGCACAGGCUGGGGCCGCUGGCCGAGCUCUUCGAGUACGGCGUGCACCGCUGCCUGCCCGCACGGGCGGCCGGCGGCAAGACGCAGCGGCUGGAGAGGAAAUACGGCCACAUCACCCCCAUGCACCGCAGGAAGCUGCCGCCCUCCUUCUGGAAAGAGCCGGGCCCGGGCCCCGCCAGCCUCCUCCACGCGGGCACCCCUGACUUCAGCGACCUGCUGGCCAACUGGACAGUGGAGCCAGGGCCAGAGCUGCCAGGCACGGGGCGGGAGCCGCCAGGCCGCCCGGGGCUGGAGGCAGAGCCCUUUGCCGGGCUGUGA